AUUCCAAGGCCAGACCUGGUCUACGUCUAGAUAAAGUGCAGGUUUCUCAGGCUUUUUGGAACAACAAUCUAUUACAUUCCCUCCAGCGUGGUCCUGCUGGACAUUAGUCGCCCAAGCGAAGAGCAUCGUCUGACUCGGUGUGGGACCAAAAGACCAAGCAUCAACCACAGCCACGUUUUCCCAAACCGCAGACAACCUGAUAAGCAGGCAUGUCCCUGGUGCUCGUUGUGUCGCUCGUGCUGGCUGCUUGUCAUCUGGGAAAAGCGUCUGUUCUCCGUCCUUCACCAGAAGAACCGGCGGAUGCUGAAUCUCCUCAAGUUAUCAGGAUGAAUGGAUGCCAGGAAGAUCUGCUCCAGAACGUAUGCAAGGUAGUUCUGGAUUCUCUGAACCUACAAUCCGAGCCUGAUGUGUCCGUUCCUGGGAUGGCUCAGAUUCGAGAACAGUGGAGCAAAUUUUUCAAAAGCACCACCAACCCAAACCCUCUAGAAACCCAUGCAGCAGACAACACACAACCAAUAUCAUCAUCAUCUUCUUCGUCUUUGUCUUCAUCAUCAUCCAGGUCUGGGAAUUCAGCACACCUCCAAUGCUGCAAGUUCGCCUCCGAGAUUUUCAUAAAAGAUCUGGGUUGGGAUAAGUGGAUCAUUUACCCGGAGAGCUUCACCUUCGUCCAGUGCGGUGUGUGCGUCCCUCAGCAGAACAUGCGCAUGUUUAAUUGCAGAGAUGAUGACCUCUCGGCUCUGGACCCUCCCUCACAGAAGCCGUGCUGCGAAGCGACCUCACAUGACUCCGUGCCCUUCCUGUACGUCGAUAAAACGCGCUCCCUCGUUAUCAGCUCCGUCUCUCUGCCCCGCGAAUGCGGCUGCAGCCACAGUGAUGACACCCAGACCCUUCAACCGUGAUCAACACCGCCUUGAGUACAAACGUCUCCCCCCUACCUCUUCCCCUACUUCAUACAGGUCUGUCACAGUGGGCUUUAUAAACACAAUGUUCCAUCAAUCCAAUAUUUGUAGGUUUAUAAUUAUACCUUCAGUGCAUCGAUCAAUCACCAAGCAUUCAAGGUUACACCAAAAUCAUAAAUGUCUCACUGAAGGUUUUAUUCAUAUGACUAUAUAUAUAUAUAUAUAAUAGUUUUAUAGCUGGAGUCUGGAAAGGUGUUAAAUAACAGAUACUGGGUGUUUCCUCAAAAAAGUGUGGGCACUUAUGCAAGCCCUGACCAUACCAGACUCCCAGUCUUCCAAUCAGAGUUAAACAAACACCAAUAAAACAUAUGGAGCGUGAAAAGAAAAAAAGAAAAUAGAAAAAAAAAACCCUAUAAGAGCAUAUUUAGUAUUUCUGGCUUUUCACCACAGUUUCAAGGCUGGCAUUCAGGCCCCCGCUGCGCUCCACUGCUAUUCAGCUAUUUGGUUCUUCCUAGAAAAGCAGCACGCUUGGGACAUUUCGAUUACUUAGUAUAUUUGCGAGGUCCACUCGGUGAGAUUAAACUCACGUUUCUGAAUGUUAUUUUGUUUCUCUGUGGCUCAAAUAUCAUAUUUAUCUGAUGCAAAUCCCAGUGCACUCAUUUCACCUCUUUUUAUUUUUCUCUCUUUCUUGUAACUAUAUUGAUUGUACCUUUCAUGCUUUCAGUAUAAUAUAAUGAUUUGUGAUGUGUGCCUCAUGUAUUUCAUAAAAUAAAAGCUUCAUUAAAAAGAAA